AAAAAUAAAAUAAAAAAACACAUCUCAAUCAACCGUCCUCUAUACAAAGUGUUUAAUUUAAUUUUUUUUUUGACAAAAAAAAAAUCAAGUUAUUUAAUGGCAGUAAUAAAAAAAUAAACGUUACUAAUAAAAAAAUAAUAUGCAAAUAAAAUUUAAGAAAUCACAUUUUCUAUUAUAAUAAAUAUUCUCAAUAACCUAAAAAUCUAGAAAUAAAUGUUUACAAAAUAAUAAAUAUAUAUAUAUUUCAUAUGUGUGUAAAAAACAAAAAAAAAAAAAAAAUAAAAACUGUAGAUAAAAGUAGUGCUCAUGUUACAUAAAUUUUCAUUGAAUGUUGCGUAUAAAAUACACCACAUUUGGAUUAUCAACAAGAAUAAAUUCAAUAGAAAUAUAAAACAAAAACCUGAUUGACUUCAAUGUUGAGAAUCAAAUGGAUAAUAGAUAAGGAGUAAAAUUAAUUUACAUUUUAUUUGAGGAAAACAAAGAUAUUUAUCCAAAUAUUAAUAUGGCUGCUGUUAAUUCUUGUCUAAACUGACUGAAAGUCGUCAGCAAAGACUUCGACACUGAUCUGAUGGGUUAAACAUGAUAGCAUCAUGCAAAUAAAGUAAUAAGCAUCAAACUCUUAAAAAAAAAAAAUCAGUUCAAAAAACAGAAAAAAAGAAAUAAUAAAAAAAACAAGAACUUUUACUUCAAAUCGCGCAGAAUCCCCACAUUUGGAAAUCAAUAUCCUUUUAUAAAAGGUUCAAAGUGGCCUUCAUUUGCCAUUGGCUGGACUCUCGCCACCCAGAGUUUUGAUGUGUAGUGCCUCUAUGGGUGCAGAAGGAUCAGUUACAUUGCAAUUAAGAGAAGCUAUUCAUUCGUCAGAUUCCUCAUCGGUCGAUGGUUAUUCAUCUUUAGACAAUGCCCUCACAAUUGGUUAUCCCGAUCCGGACAUGCUAGCCGAUGUUCUAGGUUCGCUACAAACCGCCUCCCUUAAUAAUAACUCAAAUAGUAAUAACACAAUGAUUAGUGCCAUUACUUUGGAGAAUGUGGAUGGUAGUAAACUCAAUGAUAUCGGUUCAGCAAUCAGCAGUACCCCAAAUAAUAAUAAUAACAAUAGCAAUGGUGGCAAGAGCAGCAAUAGCAACAGUAGCAACAGCAAUAACAACAGUAAGACCUUCAACAAUAACAGCCUUAUUAGCUGUAGCAGUAAUAUAUCGCUGAAUAGUCCGAUUAGUGGACAGAUAAUCAGCAUUACUGGUGGUAGUAGUAGUGGAAGCAGUGGCAGUAGCAGUAAUUGUAGUACAACCAGUAAUAGCAGUUGUAGUAGUAGCAGUAAUGAGAGUAUAUCAAAUGUAUCAGUUCCUGGAUCUAAUCCACCGAUUGUAAAGAAACAAAGACCCAAAACAUCAUCCCCCACACGACAUGGACCCCAACAAUGUCAGGUUUGCAGUAAAGUAUUCGGAAAUGCAUCUGCCUUGGCCAAGCACAAAUUAACGCAUAGCGAUGAGAGAAAGUAUGUCUGUGUGAUGUGUUCAAAAGCGUUCAAAAGACAGGACCAUUUAAAUGGUCAUAUGAUGACUCAUAGAAAUAAGAAACCAUACGAAUGCAAGGCUGAAGGUUGUGGCAAGUCAUAUUGUGACGCAAGAUCAUUGAGACGACACACUGAGAACCACCAUAGUGGACUGGCGGCGGCUGCAACUACCCCACAGAAUCAAUCAUCAUCCCUAUCGCCGUCAACAGGACCGCCAACAGGACUAAGUUUGUCACCAGCAACUGCCAGUGGAGACGCAAGUUCACCCCACGGAGCAAACUGUAUUCAGUACACAACUAUGGGGGGCGGUGACGAUGGCAGUGGCAGCAAUAGCAACAGCUCUGUUAAACAAUCCUCGUCAGCUGUAAAUGUAUCAGUUGUGUCAUCAUCGACACAAGCUAAUUCUUCAUCUUCGCAAUGUUAUUCAGUGACGUCUUCACCUGCUUCUUCACCAUCGUCGAAUGCUUCUUCAGUAAAAUCAAUUGCUGCUAGUGAAGGACUCACCAGGCAGCAACUAGAUCUCAUUAGCCAAAUUAUGCAACAGACGAAGCAGGGCAACACCCAAUUGACUGUUGCAUCAACGAGUGCGAAUUUGAAAAUAACUAAUCAACCACCGUCACCCCAUCAGAGCAGCCAGGCCCAAAGUACUCAGCAUCAAUUGCAGAGGCCACGGACAUGGAAUAUGCAGACCCAAUUACAACAAACACAAUCAAAAGUUUCCGUAAUAGAAAAUUCCACAUCACCAAUAACAUCAAUUUCCAUAAAUGAAUUACUCAACGGUAGUGGUCCCCAUUCACAACAACAACAACAGCAGCAACAACAACAACAACAUUUAUCCAGUGCUGCUGCAAUAAAUCAACAAAUUUUAAAUAUUGUAAAAUUAGAACAAAAACCUGUAGAGUGCAAUCUAUGUCAUAGAAAAUUUAAGAACGUUCCAGCCCUCAACGGACACAUGCGUCUGCAUGGUGGCUAUUUUAAAAAAGAAGCCGAAACAAAAAAAUGCGAUCGUAAAGACGGCCUCGGCGGGCCACCCUUACAAACAGCAAGUAUUGGAGUGAGGGCUUUGAUUGAAGAAAAAAUUAUAAGUAAACGAUGUAAGGAUUUGAAGGGUGCCUUUGUAGUUCCUGCCCCACCCAUAACAGCUGCAAUUAGACGAACAGCAAGUGACCUGGAAAACUUUUUAACCCCCAAGUCACCCAUUGUCCUUCAAUCAGGCAACUCCCCAUCCGAACGGAAUAACAACCUCCCAGACAUUGGCAACGCUAUUCUUCCAUCCGGACUGCAAAUCCAAAAACAGCCAAUACCAGUCCAACAAAAACCAUCAAACGUCAGUGUUGGAACAGCAACCGUAUCCACCAACACUUCCAAAGCCACAUCCACCAUGGAUCACAAAGACGCUACCCUAAUCGAGCUCCUCAAACGUGGCACCAAAGUGGCAGUGAGAAAAACAUCGAACUCCGAUUCCAGCCAGAUAUUCACCACUAGCAGUGGCACCCUAAUGCUGCCCUCUGAACUGUCACUUUCCACCACCUCGGGCACAUCCACCAACCCACCACUCGCAAUAACUCUUCCAAAUGGCGAAACCACACCCGUCUCACUAACCAUAUCCCAAGCCUCCAAUGGAUCCGGUGACGUCUACACACUCACCUAUUCCACAGAUUCAGCAGCGUCCUUUUUUGAGGACAGUGAUGUCUAUAGUGUAUCGGAGACCGACAUGCUUCUACAAACGGUCGAUUCGAUACAAUUACUCAACGAAUCAGAAGAACCAGAUCACUUGGAUGAGAUAAACUCACUUAGCGACUUCCACAAUGACACCAAUAGCUCUUCUUCCAAUCUUGUCGUGAGUAGAAAUAACAACAACAACAAGGAUAUGCAAACGGUGUUCAGUUCCCCAUUGCAAGAUGCAUUGCCCGACUUUCAAACUCUUCAUUCCAAGGAUUUUGUCCUGUACAACAAUGGCACAUGUAAGGCUAUAAAUAAUGGUGGCAACCAUACCACCGCUAGUAAGUCUUUGGCCACUGUGAUUAAACAGUCAAUAUCUCCACUUCCCUCGCCGUUGGCUUAUCCCACCCCACCGGCAAGUCACGAAACCGUAGCACAAGCUUCGCCAUUCCUGGAUGAUUCCCACCACUUUUCGGAUGCAGCGAACUCCUUCUUCCAGGAGAAGUCCACAUCUGAUUUUAUUGAUGAUGCUGGUGGAACUUUCUUCAAAGAUUGUUCCAAUGAAGCUCUCACCGAAAGUCAGAAAAUCCUUAAACUUAAGAGUGUUUUAGAAGAUAGUGGGCAAUUUUUCAAGUCUGGCGAUGACAAUUCGAAUGAUGUAUUCGAUACAUCGGUGGUGAAAGUGGAAGACCUGCUAAAUGAAUCCAACGAUGGGGCAAACUGUGAUCUCAAAGACUUUGCCGAGCAAAAUCUGUCCUUUUUGGAAGAUGCUCAAGGAUUCCUCGAUGAUUCACGCAAUGCAACUUCUCCGCUUUCGGAGUCAUUCUUUACCAGUGGUAUUGGCACCGCUGAAGAAGUUAAAGAAGUAUUGCGUGAUGUUCUGCCUGAUGAAUCUCUUAAUUGUGACCCGCAAAAUUCAACUGAUAUUGACCUGUACUAUUUACCAGGGUUAGGUCUUCAAUCCCAAAUGAUGCCGAAUUCCGAAGAUCCAUUAUUAUCGUCUUCACCAAGAGAUUUCGGUCAUAGAUUGAGUGUUCAACCACAUCAUCAGCAAACACAAAUGAUCCGUAUAGAACAACAACAGACAACAACCAUGCAGGGACAACUCAUCCCCAAAAAACCAGACGCCUCCGAACAAAGUUAUCCCUUAUUAAUGGCCACAAGUACGUCCAGAGAUGGAAGCACUGAAUUCCAUUUCACAAUUCAGCAGCAGGAUAUUAAGCAAGACAACGAAACGCCAGAUGUUAAGCCAGAUUUAUCGUCGGUAGGUCAGAUGUGUGUGGACAAUCAGCAGCUGGUAGUAGCAGCACAACAACUGCCACCCCCACCGUUUAAAGAAAGUUCUUCGUCAGUUUCCAUAAAGACGCAACAGUACUUUGGAGUAAAUGAGAUUUCUGCGCAAAAUCUUCUUCAGCCCCAACCCCAAAACAUUCUAGCCGCAGCUGCAACAGCUUCACCAUUGACAAGUUCAAUUCUGAAAAGACGUUUACGUCAAGGUUCCCUCUGUGGAGACAGCAAUUCCCAUCACUCGAAUAGUAUUCCUCGAAAAUAUGAACUUUACAAGUCAAAACUGCGAAAACCAUCAACUACCCAUUACACUCCCCAACCAAUCCUAAAUCCCGGCCGAAAAGGUACCGGUUUGUAUUCCAAUCUGCCCAAACCACCCACAUUUGCCCAGGACACUUUGCAUUUGGAUGAUGAAUUCGAAGAGGCUGCCAGUAUUAUGGCUUUCCUUGAUGAAUCCAAAGUCAAUAUUGGUACAGCAUAUCAAGCUACUAUUCCUCCGCUAGAAACAACUCGAGACCCUCAUCCAGCAAUGGAUGGUGGACAGCUAUUUGAGUUGACUGAUCAUGAAGAAAUGAUGUGGGAUCCAAGUGUGGCAACGGAUGAGAAAAUUCUAACGCGUUACAUUGAGCUGAGCAAGUCUUCAGCUAUUCCACUUGGUUAUCAUUCGGAAGAGGUUGCUCUCAAGGCGUUGUUAGAAGUUCAUGGUGAUACACCGAUAGCUGUGUUGAAUUUGCUUAAAUCGCAGUCGAAUCCUUUCCAAUUAAAAUGGUCGUCGUUAGAAGUCGAAAUGUUCCUUAGGGGUCUGGAAAAAUAUGGCAAAGACUUUUAUAGUAUCUCAAGAGAGAUUAUAACUAAAUCCACAAGUGAAUGUAUACAACUUUACUACUUUUGGAAGAAGCUUUGUGUGGAUUAUAAGAUGACUCAUUUGAAGGUUGAAACAGACGAUGUUACCCAAUCGCAGUUUUCUUCGCAAGUCUCUGAGCAUCGUCCUCAUGUUUGUGAGAUGCCUGAUUGCUCAGCUAGUUUCACAUCAAAAGCAGCUUUACAUGGACACACUAGAAUCCAUUGUAUUGGCAGGAAUAUGAAUCAAGUCAAUCACAAUAACAACAAUAAUAACACUUCGAUGAUAUUAACAAACAAUGGACAAUUGCAGUCACAUUCAAAUCUUAAAGAUGACUUCCCCUGCAAGGUGUGCGGCAAAGUUUUCAACAAAGUCAAAAGCAGAAGUGCUCAUAUGAAAUCGCAUCGUCCUCAGGAAAAUGAUUCAAAUAAUCUCCAACAGCAGCAAACGCAGCAGCAACAUCCACCAACACCACAGCAACAACAACAACAAUUACAACAACAAUCUCAAAUACAAAAUACAAAUUCAUUAUAAAGCCAAAUACAAAACCAAAUUAAGAACAAUUUGAAUCAAAUUACCUACAACAUUACUCCAAUUAUUUGGAAUACCAGAGUCAAGUGUUUAAAUGGAUCGAUUAAAAUCAAAAAUCAAUAAUUAUAAUCUCCAAAAUGUGAAAAAAAAAACAACAAAAACAACAAAAUAUAAAAACCAUCAUGAUGCCAAGACACUUUCUAAUAUUUAAAUUUAAUAAUAGUUUAACUUAUUAUAAAAAUAAGAGAACAUUAAAAAAAAAAUCAAUAAUAAAAUAUUAAAAAAAAAAUAUUAAUUUAUAAAAUUGACAAUC